CCUGCUGUAUUGCCGCUCUGCGGUUGGCUGGCUGCACGCACGCGCGCCCGCGCUGCGCUUGCGCCGCUCCGUCUGGGCGGGGUUUGUUUUGAAGAAGGAAAGAUGGCGGCCGCGGAUUCAGCCGAACCUCCCGGUGGUUCGGUCCGCUCCGGCUCUGACCUGACCCCCCUGCUGUCCGGGAGCCGGCCCGGAACCCCCCCGCCCAGCGAGGACGCCCCGCCCCGCGCGGAGCCCCCGGCAUGUCGGACCCGCAGGCCCCCGGGCCGGAGGAGGGCUGACCCCGACAGGGCGCGCGGCAGGGCGGGCAGGAGGGACUGCGACAGCCGCAAGGCGGUUCUCAGAGAAGCCGCAGCUGCACCGACCCGAUGGAGGAGUGCAGUGGGAAGCUGAGAGGUCCGGUUCUGCCGCCGGCCGUGGUGGAGAGGGUGGGUAUCGGCCACAGCUCUGCCGCGGGGAUCCUCCUGUCAUCGGAGAACAGCCGGUCUGUGUCGGCUCCCGCCUCGGCGCCGGACCACAGACCCGCCUGGCGGGCCGUGCUGACCUCCUCCGCCCCGCCGGACCCGACCCCGGCGCAGGUGGAGCGCUCCGUCAGCCCCGAGAGCAACGACAGCAUCUCGGAGGAGCUCAACCACUUCAAACCCAUCGUGUGCUCCCCGUGCACGCCGCCCAAGCGCCUGGCGGACGGCCGCCUCGUGGAGCCCACCAUUGUCAAGUCCACGCCCCGGAACCUGACCCGCGGGCUGCACAAGAACACCAGCUACGAGGCCAGCGCCUCCGUCCUGCAGAAGUGGAGGCAGAUCGAGCUGGACCGGCAGAACCUGAAGGUGAACUCCAAGGCCACGCUGACCAGUCCCGUGUCCGACCCCCACACCAGCAGGGCGGAGGACUCGGGAGGCGGAGCCAGCAGGGUGCUCCAGUGGAGGGGCGGGGACAGCGUGCGGGUUUCUAGUAAGCGCAGGUUUCUGUUGGAGCCGCUGGCGGGCGACACGGAGCCCUUCCAGAAGUCCGUGAAGAUCCGGGUCCCGGCCGUCCGCUUCAGCCGCGGCUGUUCCGAACUGCAACCCGCCGGCGCCGCUCCGGAGCCCGCCGGGGGGGCGGCGCUGUUCGGCCAGAAGCGCUCCCAGAAUUCGGGCUUCCAGCUGUGCACGUUUGUGCCGAAGGACUCGCCGAGCCCCAGGAAGGACUGCAUUCAGACGGCCCCCAGGAGGGGCAAGAAGAGGAAGCAGAAGACCAAACACCUGGACCUGGACCCGGUCCCGGACCUGAGGAGGAGCCGUCGGGCGCCGGAGGUCCAGCAAGUCCAGCAGGACCGCGCGCUGGCCCUGAAGCUGCAGAGACAGCUGGACUGCCGACUGAGCCCCAACGCCUACUUCCUGCGGUCCUGGGCGUCCACGCAGAACCGCAGGAGGCGGGGCCUCAGGAGGUCUCGACACAUCAGCAAAAACUGCUGAGGGACAGGAAGUGCUGUGGCCAGAACCAGCAGAACCGGGACAGUUUAAGGAGGACUACCGUGGAGCUGAUGGCUCCCCCUGCAGGUGCUGUGAGGAACAGGAAGACAAAUAAAAAGAGAAACGUUG